UCCAGCUAAGUCCAAAGCAGUAUAACAGUUGCCUCCCUCCAAGCCUCUUUUUCUUCCAACUACUAUAACAUCCAUACAAUCCCAACUCUCUCUUCUCUCUAUCUCUCUAUCUUUCAUCUUCCUUCUCUUAAAUUUGAGUGUGAGUUUUUCAGUUACAACCUUUGCCAUAUUUGAGGUUCCCUUUAAGGUUUCGUUAUUUACUAAAUUUAGAGUCAAAGACACAACCUGCAGAACCAGACAUGGCUGACGAGGAACCAAAAAAGGUGGAGACCGAAACACCCUCGGAGCCUCCGCCACCAGUUGAACGCGUCCAUGAAGCUCCCAAAGAUGUCACUGAGGAGAAAUCUGUAAUCCCACUUCCUCCUGCUGAUGAUGAAGAAAAGCCAGUAGAGUCCAAAGCGCUUGCUAUUGUUGAAAAGGCUCCUGAGUGCGCUGAUCAGAAAAGUAACGAGGGUUCUGUCAACCGGGAUGCUGUGCUUGCUAGAGUUGCAACAGAGAAGAGGAUAUCACUAAUCAAGGCAUGGGAAGAAAGUGAAAAGUCGAAAGCAGAGAACAAGGCUCAUAAAAAGCUAUCUUCUGUUGGGGCAUGGGAGAACAGCAAGAAAGCAACUUUAGAGGCCCAAUUAAAACAGAUUGAGGAACAAUUGGAGAAGAAGAAGGCUGAAUAUGUGGAGAAAAUGAAAAACAAAGUUGCUCUCAUACACAAGACAGCAGAAGAAAAGAGGGCUGAAAUUGAAGCUAAACGUGGGGAAGAAAUUCUCAAGGCAGAGGAAGUGGCUGCAAAAUACCGUGCCACUGGAACUGCUCCAAAGAAGCUCUUUAGUUGUUUUUCUGGCUGAAAUGCUUAGGUUUGGUUGAAAUCUAUUUGAAUUGUUUGUAGUUUUUCUUCUUUUGGAGUUCAUUUGUUAAUAAUGCUCCCAUUAUAUGGUUGGAAAUUGGUUGAUGUAUUUUUGCGUGUUACAGUGAUGUAUUUGUGUGUAUAUUGCCAAAAAAAAAAAAAAAAAAA